AUGGCGGAAGGGCCGACAAGCUGGCUCCAGAACCUGGGUAUCGCCAUUGAGGUCUUCUGCCCUGUUUUCGCUCUUGUUGUCGUCAUACUACGACUGUAUAUCAGAUUCGAUACAAAGAACCUUGGAUGGGAUGAUGCUUUCAUCUGCGCUGCAUUAGCCCUCACUAUUGGCUUGAGUGUCAGUUCCAUCAUCUGUAUGAAGGAGCUCUUUAUCGGUAUACACUACUGGGAAAUUCCACAACCCGCAAACCCUGGGAAUGGCAUGCUAUGGGUAUUUAUUACCGGCAUAAUAUACAGUCCCAUAUUGGCUCUCGCGAAGCAAUCAGUCCUGAUCUUCAUACUCCGAUUCUCUGGAAUCAAAAACCUCGUCCGGAAUGUCGUCUGGUACACUGGGAUUGUCAACAUUUCUCUGACUAUUGCAACUUUUCUUGCUAUCAUCUUCCAAUGCACUCCUGUCGAGGCAUUUUGGAACACUUCAGUCUCCGGCCAGUGCAUCAACGAAUUCGCUCUUGCUAUCACGUCAGGGACUUUGACCGUCCUUACUGAUAUCAUCGUUAUUGGUCUUCCCUUCUACAUCAUUCUCGGGCUCAAAAUUGACAUGAAAAAGAAGAAAGGGUUGAUGGGCGUGUUCGCACUAGGUAUCAUUGUGACCCUCGUCAGUAUCGUCCGUCUAUAUUUUGUCGCACUAAGCUUUAUCAUUGUAACGCCCGACAAGACUUUCUCUCUCGGAUUCUGCGUCGCGCAAAUAGAGUGCAGUUUGGCCAUCACCACCGCCUCGGCUCCUGCCCUGUGGCCUCUUAUCCGCAGGUGGUUAUUGCAUCACAAGACUACGAGAAACGAGGUGUUCUACAACCGUGAAUACAACAUAAGCCAUUUGGGCCGGGUAAGAGCCUCAGAUUGUCCCUUUACACGUGGUGGAUGUUGCGAGCCGGAUGGCCAAAGGGCUCAGACUGACGGAGGGUUACUCAUCGGGCCUUCUAUGCACAAUCCCGAUGAUGAUUGGACAAAAAGCUUAAGGCUUUUCUGUGUAACCAGCCCUGUCACUAAUAUGACAGAUGGAGAUUCCAGACAGAAGACAAUGGUGGACGAUGGAUAA